CACAGGAACAGAAUUGCCCCAAGCAACAAGAGACUCUUUCUCUUUCACUCCCAUCCAUCAUCUCUUUGUUUCUCUUUCUGUUUCUGUGUGUCUCUGCGCCUUUCUUUCACAACUCAUAAUCAAAAAAAGCAUAUCCAAGGAGACGAGGGUGCUAGUGUGGUGCGUGGUGGUUAACCUGUCCAUCAUCCAUCAAUCAAUCAAUCAAUCAAUCAACCAACCAAUCAAGAGACCAAUCAUCAAACUGAGAAGAAUUAUUUCUCUCUUUUUCUUUUAAAAAAUAUAGAAAGAGGAAAUCACUUUUUUACUUAAUUGAAGAUGUCAUCAUCCUCCUCCUCUUCUUCUUCUUCAACUACAUUAUCACUGGACCACAUCCCUCCUUCCGAACAGCUUUGUUAUGUUCACUGCAACAUUUGUGACACUGUCCUUGCUGUGAGUGUUCCUUGCACAAGCUUGUUCAAGACGGUGACGGUGCGAUGCGGCCAUUGCACCAAUCUGCUGCCGGUGAACAUGCGAGGCCUUCUUCUUCCAUCGCCCAAUCAAUUCCAUUUGAGGAGAUUCCGAAUCCAUCCCCAAAUUUCUUCAUGAACCAGACAAACACACCAAAUGAAUUCUCCAUGCCUACUAGGACUGUUGUUGAUGAGCUUCCACGCCCACCUAUCAUAAACAGACCUCCUGAGAAGAGACAGAGAGUCCCAUCCGCUUACAACCGCUUCAUUAAGGACGAGAUCCAACGCAUUAAGUCUGUCAAUCCUGAUAUAACCCACAGAGAGGCCUUCAGUGCAGCUGCCAAGAAUUGGGCCCACUUCCCACACAUUCACUUUGGUCUCAUGCCUGAUCAGACUGUGAAGAAGACAAACGUGCGCCAGCAGGAAGGAGAAGAGGUUCUGAUGAAAGAUGCUGGGUUUUAUGCUUCGGCUAAUGUUGGUGUUUCACCCUACUGAUUCAGCUAGCUAUAGCACUAUGAUGUGACUUUUCUCUUUUAAGUAAAUGCGAAAGUGAAAAUUCUCCGAUGGAAUCCAUCAUCAACGUAACCCUUUCAAGUUCAUUGGCGGAACUUUGAUUCCUUUAGGUUAUAUAUGUAUGCACCUAUUAUUGUAGCUGAUAAUGAUGAUGAUGAUGAUGGUUUAUGUUGAUAAGUUGAUAACCAAGGACUAAGCUAGUUAGUACUAGCUCUUUUGGAAUUGUUUCAUGCCUGUUGUUCGUAGUAGACCUUGUUAUUAUUAACCUUUUAAUUAUGCUAUUUAGUACUAGCUCCUUUGGAAUUGUUAUUAAUGUUCUAGUGUAUCUGAUAAUAAAUUAUUAUGCGU